AUGGAUUUACUUAACUCAGAUACAGAUUGUGUAGAUGUCGUUCGGAAUUAUUUGAGUAUUCAUGGCACGGACGUUGAUGCUUCUUCAGAUUCUUGUGAAGUAGCAUUUCCAGCAACUUUUAUUCAUGACCAAACACGAUAUGGCAUUAUAAUUUCCCUUGUGCAAAAUAGUUCUUCAAAUCAAAGCGCCCUCUUCAUUUUUUCACGUGCCAAAAAUUAUGAUGAAAUUGAAUUGACUGAUUUGGUGAUUGUGGAUAAAGACUCAUUUUGUGGAGAAAUAGAUUCUCGUGUUCACCUUCCAGUCUGCGGAAAACGGAUAGUCGAUGUUGUUGUCCAGAAAACAGAGAAGUCUGCAAAUCAACAGGUUAAACUUUAUAUUGUCUCUAAUAAUGUGAAUAAUAAGCAUAAGAAUACUUCAAAGGAGGCCAAAGGAAACACAAGUGAUAUAGAUUCAGAUGUUGAUGGUGAUGAUAAUGAUAAAAGUUGUGCAAAGAAUACAGUAUUUUUGAAAAGUCUUAACGAUGUCUCUGGGGAGAAAACAAUUAAAAAAUAUCGAUUUCACCUAUCUCCUGUCAGUUUUACUUUAGAAUUUGAUCAGAUUAAAGAUGCUUUAGAAUUUCGUAAACAACUUCUCAAUUUAUCUUCAAUGAAAUUAUCUGAACUUGAAGAUAUUUCUACAAUGUAUGAAGUUGGUCAAGAAGCUUUAACCACUCUCAAUACUUCUUCUUCUACAUCUUCUUGUAUAACUACUUCCACGUCGGAGGAAUUAUUUUGGUUAAAGAAAUAUUGGGAAUCUGUCAGUCAGUCAUCAUCGUCACUGUUGAAUACUUCAUCUGGACGCCAACUGUCUUCUUCAAAUGUGACUGUGAAUACUACUACUACUGAAGUCAAUGGUGAAAGUAUGCAUCAUUCUUCUGUUGUAUCGAAGUCCACCCCUUAUUCAGCAACGAAUGUAUCCAUUAUCAAUAAAAGUAUCGCUAGUCCACUUAGUAAUAUGACCGAUACUAAACCGUCACAAGUGUCUGAAAUUGAACAAUUGACAAAUGGUUAUACUAGUAGUACGCAUAGUAGUGACAGUAAACACAGCUUAUCUGAAAAGCAUUCACCCUCGUCAUCAUCAUCUAAUCUAUGUCAUUCUAAAUCAUCUGGUACACUGCAUCCAUUGAAAUCAUGUCAUCCACUUGAAGAAUUGUCUACUCGUCUUAUUGACCAACAACUAAUGAAAGCUGAGGAAAAGGAUUUGAUGAAUUCAUCCUUAACUAAUUUAGAUAUAGAUGUGUCGAAUAAAUCUUCAUCUGGUACAGUAAAAUUAUCGCAUAGUUGUUUGGAUCUCACUUCCAAUAUCUACGAUAGUCAGUCGAAUAAAAGUAAAGAAUACCUGGAACCACGAGUAUUUCGAGCCAGAUUCAAUCAAGCUGGUAAUUUAAUACAAAAGAAGUUAACAGAACGUAUGAAUGAAUAUUGUAAAAGUGAAAAGAUUAGUAUAUAUCUUGGUACAUGGAAUGUGAAUGGUCGAAGUGAUAAUUGUAUGCCAUUAGAUGAUUGGCUUAUGCCACCUGAUGGUCAACCUCCAGCGGAUAUUUAUGUAUUCGGAUUUCAAGAGAUGGAUUUAAGUCUCAGUGUGAUUACAUUAAACAAAACCAGUCCUACUGGACCAGAGGAGAAAUGGGUUCAACAAUUGGAAGAAGCAUUAGGCGGUUUAUUAAAACGACCAUCACCACAUGCAUUAUGGGCACAGAAAACGGGUUCUGUUAAAUCGUUUGCUGCUCAAUGGUUUCACCACACCGGUGGUGGUUAUCUACGCGUAGAACGUGUUCGUCUAGCUGGUAUAAUCAUGAUUGUGUAUAUAUCAGCUCGUCUAUCCAGUCACUUACAUCGUGAUGAAAUCUCUUGUCAAGUUGUACCUACGGGUGUUUUCAAUGUUAUGGGUAACAAAGGCGGUGUCGGUAUUCGAUUAACUGUAUUCAAUUCAUCUCUGUGCUUUGUUAAUUGUCAUUUGGCUGCUGGUGAAUUGAAUCUUGAUCGACGUAAUCAAGAUUUUCGUGAAAUUACUCGUAAAAUGAUAUUUGAAUUUCCGAUGAAUCCCAAAAGUAUAAUUUAUCCACCUGAACGAUCAUAUAUAUCAGAUCAUGACAUUGUUUUUGUAUUCGGAGAUUUGAAUUAUCGUAUUGUUGGCUUGGAUUCAAGUUAUGUACGAAAAAGUAUUUUUGGAAAAGAUUUUACUUCAUUACUGAAAAAUGAUGAAUUAUUAAAACAAUUUGAAAGUCGGAAAGCAUUUGAUGGUUAUCGUGAACCGCCUAUUAACUUUGCGCCUACUUAUAAAUUUGAUAUGAAUUCCAAUGUAUACGAUUCCAGUGAUAAAAAUCGUAUACCAUCUUACUGUGAUCGUAUUCUUUGGUCGGGUAAAGACUGUGAACCAGUUGUCUAUCGUUCACAUCCAGUAUUUGUUUGUAGUGAUCAUAAACCAGUCUCGGGUUAUUUUUCGGUGAAUUUACGUCGUAUUAAACGUGCAGCCUUUCAGCGUACUUAUGAAUCUGUAUUAUUAAGUAUCGAUCUGACAACAAAUUUAUCAUUACCACAAGCUGAAUUGGAUAGACAAGAAUUAGAUUUUGGUUGUGUACGCUUUCAUGAAUUAUGCAGUCAAACGCUAACACUAACUAAUAUUGGAUUGAAUGAUUUUCAGUUUAAAUUUUUACGUGAAGGUAUUGGUGCAUUUCCAUCAUGGCUUACUGUUAAUCCAUCGUGUGAUUGGGUAAAACAAGGCACUUCUGUAAAAUUAGAAUUUCAAAUCUUUGUUAAUUACAAGGAAGUAUAUGCAUUGAAUAGUGGCUUGGCUAAAUUAUCAACUAUUAUUGUUUUACAAUUGGAAGAUGGUAAAGAUUAUUUUAUAUCGAUUAGUGGUCAAUUCAUACCAACAUCAUUUGGUUUACCAUUAAUUCUACUGUUAACAAUGGGAUCAGAUCCUGUGACAAAGCUUUCAAUUUCUGAAUUACAAGAACAGAUAAAAUUGUCUCGUUCAGAAAACAGUGAUUACUUUAGAACAAAAUUGUCUACUAUAGCUAAUCAAAAACCAUUUCAUGUACCAAAAGAAAUAUUUCGAUUAGUCAACCACAUAAAUGAAUAUAUAACUGAGCCUGAUCUAUUUCGUCAAAUGGGUCCAUCAUCAGAUAUCACUGUUAUACGUGAUAUAUUGGAUACUACACCAGCAAGUUGUCCAUUUCCUGAAACAAUCUCAAUACAUUCAAUAGCAUCAUGUUUAUUAUUAUUUUUGAAUACGCUGCCGGAAUCCGUGAUACCGCCACCAUAUCAGGAGAAAUGUUUGAAUUCACUUGCCAAUUUUGAGUGUGCUAUACAAGCGUUGCAGCUUCUCCCAGUUUGUAAUCAAAAUUUAUUUUAUUAUUUAAUUACAUUCAUGCAACGGUGUCUUUCUUAUAAAGAGCAGAAUGGUACAGAUAUUGAUUUAUUAGCUCCGUGUUUUGGUGAAAUAUUUUUCCUUGAAUCCCAAGUGAAUAAUAAUAAUAAUUGUUCUUCACCAGGUUUGGUUGUUACAACAAAUGCACAAAAAAAUGCACUUGCUGUCAAACAGUUGAAACGAGCAGCUUUUAUCAGCAUUUUUCUACGUUACAAUUAUCUAGUGUCUGUUUCAACGUUGACAACACCUCACUAG